AUGCGCUCUAAUAGUUUAGCGACUGAUCUAGCUACAGGUUUCACCUUCCUUCCCAUCACCAACGAGUACAAGUUGGUUAGGAUCAUUCUCUACUUAAACCAUUCCGCUUAUAUUAGAAUCACAAGGUGGGAUGACAGUAUGAAAUUCCUCCCAGCAACGGAAAUAGACGUGGAUUUUCCUUACCAGAUCACCCAAUUUGGUGGUCGUUGUCUGAAUGCAAAUGAUGCUAUUCAUUGGUUAGGGCGUAGAGUCGAAGGAGGACCGAGUAUUGUAAUUGCGUUUGAUAUGACGGAAGACAAGUUGCGAGAGAUCGGUACACCAUUUACCAACGGCAUGGAACGUUGUAAAUCGUACCACCGGAAGCUUUUACUACUGAAUGAUGAUAGACUAGCUAUUUUUGGUUCAUUACUUAGCGACGAAAAUCAACAAGGUUAUUGUAAUUAUUCCUACACACUUUGGGCUCUAAAUGACUACAGAUGUGCUUCAGAAUGUUGGAGUAAGCAAUACACAUUUGAAACAGAGUAUGACCUGCAGCCCAUGGGUUUUCGUUUUAAUGGUGAAGUUGUGGUCAUUAGAAUGAAGGGAUUGCCAUCAAAAAUGUGUCUCUACGAUAGGCACACCGAUCAAAUUAAAGAUCUUCCAGUCGUUAUUGACAAUAGUAUGUACUACUCGUCAAUCUUCUAUUACAAGGAGAGUCUUGUUCCACUUCCCCCACCACCAUCAAACAACAAUCCGCAGGAAGAUGUAGCGAGACCUGGAAUGACUACUGCUCCGCCGUCUCAGGUCGCCGGCGGUGGACUUUCGUCUCCUACGCAGCUGCAGGCAGAUGUAGCGACAGCCCUGGGAUGA